AUGGGAGAAUUUGGAGACAUUGUGGACAAACUGGGCAGCAGCAAUCUGAAUAAGCUGCGGGGGUUUGAUCGCAUAUGCAGAGAAGGCAAGUCAUCCACUGACAAGCAGUAUCCAGACGUUUGCCCCUUGGGUCAGUUCCCCUGUGGAAACUUGUCCGUGUGCCUGCCUCAGCCGCGCCACUGCAAUGGUGUGCAGGACUGCACCAACGGAGCAGACGAGGAAAACUGCGUUGAUAACAGCGGAUGGCCUCACCUAUUUGAUGCCUUUCUGAAGACAAACAUCCAGGAGUCAAAAGAAUGCUUGCUGGACGUGUUUCCAGACAUGUGCCACUGCAAGGGCAGGCGAGUGAACUGUAACAGCAAGGACCUCCUGGAUGUGCCUGCUGUUUCCUCCAACGUCACCGCACUUGAGUUGAACAGCAAUCGGAUAACAUCUCUUCCACCCGAUGUGUUCAUCCGAUAUAGAAAUCUGGAGAGACUACACUUGCAAAAUAACAGCAUCAAAAGCAUAUCCUACCGGGCAUUUUCAGGGCUUUAUAAACUAAGAAAACUAUUCCUCAGCCAGAAUCGGAUUAACAAGCUGAAGUCUGGCAUUUUCAGGGACCUUCAAAACCUCGAAUGGCUAAUUCUGGAUGAAAACAAAAUAGUGACCAUAAGACAGAAGUCGUUUGAAGGACUCAAAUCUUUAUUUUUCCUGUCUCUGCUGAAUAAUUCACUUAGGCACAUCCCACGGAAAUCCUUCUGCCUGGAAAUGCCAAGGUUAAACUGGCUAGAAAUGGAGGGCAACAUCAUCUCCUCAUUACGUGGCUCCAGCUUUGAGGAAUGCACUUCUCUGACAGUCCUAGCACUACGCAGAAACCAAAUACAAUCAAUUGAGGAGGGAACAUUUUCUGCAAUGCGGAGGCUAAUAGACCUGGACUUGUCUGUAAAUAGAAUGAAGGAAUUGCCCCCAUCUUUAUUUAAAAAUCUACAAAAUCUAAAGCAACUGAACAUCUCAAAUAACCCAAUGACUUACAUCCCCGAUGAUCAGUUUGACAGCUUUGUCAAUUUGCAGUCACUGGGCAUGGAAGAUAUAGAAAUCCCAAAUAUCAGCAUCCGGAUGUUUCGUUCCCUCAGCAAUCUCUCCCACAUAUAUUUCAAAAAGUUUGAGUACUGUGGCUAUUCUCCCAAUGUGCGGAGCUGCAAGCCCAACACAGACGGGAUCUCCUCCUUCGAGAACCUGCUGGCCAACAUAAUCCUUCGUGUCUUCGUGUGGGUGGUGGCCUUCAUCAUCUGCUUCGGCAACGUCUUCGUCAUCUGCCUCCGCUCAUGCAUCGCAUCCGAGAACCGGCACCACACCAUGGCCAUCAAGUCGCUGUGCUGUGCGGACUGCUUGAUGGGGGUCUAUCUGUUCUUCAUCGGUGCUUUUGACAUAAAGUACUGUGGAGAGUACAACAGGCACGCCCAGCUGUGGAUGGAGAGCCUCCAGUGUCAGCUGAUUGGCUCUUUGGCCAUGCUGUCCACAGAGGUGUCCGUAAUGCUGCUGACAUACAUGACCCUGGAGAAGUACCUGUGCAUCGUGUUCCCUUUCCACAACUACCGGGCGGGGAGGAAGCAGACCCUCUUCUCCCUCGUCUCCAUCUGGAUUGUGGGCUUCAUGAUCGCGGUCAUUCCCUUCUGGGACAAGCACACGUUCGGGAACUACUACGGCAGGAAUGGUGUCUGCUUCCCCCUCCAUUCAGACCUGAUGGAGAAGCCAGGAGCCCGUAACUACUCCACAGGAAUAUUCCUGGGUCUGAAUCUGUUUGCCUUCAUCAUGAUUGUAUUCUCCUACACCAGCAUGUUCUAUUCAGUACGGAAAACUGCCAAAACAGCCAGACAGAGCAUCUUUGAUCGGGAGGUCACCAUCGCCAAGAGAUUUUUCUUCAUUGUGUUCACUGAUGCCAUGUGCUGGAUACCUAUAUUUCUGCUAAAAAUCCUCUCUCUCCUACAAGUGGAAAUCACAGGUACGAUCAUCUUGUGGGUGGUGAUCUUCAUCCUCCCUAUAAACAGUGCCCUAAACCCCAUCCUCUACACCAUCACCACCAACUCCUUCCAGGAGCAGAUCAAGCUGUGCCUGCAGAUGAAGUGGCAGCAGGUGGGGCUGAAAGAAACCCCGCGCAGCAUCUCCACCAUCUACACUCAGACCAACGCUCCCUAG